AUGCCAGCGCCAAGAGAAGACGCAGAAGACCGUGCCAAAACCCUGGGGGAUGCAGCAGGCAUAAUCUUCAAACUCAUGUGCGAUAGAGCGACAUCGGAACAGUGGGCGGAGUGGCUGAGGGCCCCUCUGGAGCAUGCAGCAGGCACGGCCAACCAAGACUUAGUGGAGAAGUUGUUGAAAGCUGGAGCAGACGGGAGUGCGGGCUGGCGGGGUUGUGAUGACAAAACUCUGCUGCAUGCGGCUGCCGAGGGCGGCAACGAGGAGGUGGUGACGGCUCUCGUCAGGGCUGGCGCUGGAGAAGACAUGGAGGCCAAAGUCCUGGGCAUUGUGGGGGGGACUCCACUCCAUGUUGCAGUUGCAACCGGGAAGGACGCUGCGGCACGGGUGCUGAUGCUUGCUGGGGCCGAUGUGAAUGCGGCGGACCGCAACGGCGACACUCCCCUUCAUCUUGCCAUCGGUAAAGAUCAUGCACGGCUCGCGAAGGACCUUUUGCUCGGUGGAGCCAAUCCCAAAGCCCGAGGUUUCGCACGUGACUGCCCUAUCCAUGUCGCCGCCCGCGUAGGUCGGCAUGACGUCGUGCAUGCCUUGGCCCACAAGGGGGCGGAUCUGGACGCUCUGGAUGAUGAAGGCAUGACCCCUAUCAGUCUUGCGGUGGAAGGAGAUCAUGUUUCGACAGUGAAGGUUCUGCUGGCUGCCGGUGCCGAUGCGAAGCGUCAGACGGACCUUUCGAAGACCGCUUUGCAUGUUGCCGUCAAGUGCAACAAAUCAGGCGCCAUCCCAGCGCUCAUCGAAGCCGGGGCCGACAUUGAAGCUCGAAUGUCGCUUGGACGGUCACCACUUUGGUACGCGGCCUGGAAGGGCUCUUGCGCUGCCAUGCUCGUUCUCCUACAACUGGGUGCCGACGCGAACAGCCACGACGAAAUUGGAUGGACUUGCUUGCACGCCGCGUCCCAAAAGGGCCAUGCCGACGCCGCGGAUCUGCUUCUGAGAUGGGGUGCAGAUGAGAUGGCAGUGGACAACGAGGGAGUCACCACUCCCAGCGCGCUCAUAGGAGAUCCCCGACAUGGCAGCCGAGUCCACGGGGCAACCGACCGAGCGCCGGAGCCAACGUGCCAGGACGGGGCAGGUGAAGGUCGAGGUAGAGUUGGGUGGCCGACACGGCCAGGGGGCGGGGGCGGAGGCGGGGGCGGGGAGCCGCGACGCGCGCGCCGGAGGUAGGGCUGGACAUCGACGCCUAGUUGUUGGGUUCGAUAUCACAGCAGCCUGGCUAAUGGCGGUCACGGACGAGGGAGUGCUCCGCAAGAUCGUGGGAUUCGUGUAGUGCGAAGAGGUGAACUGGAGCGAAGACCUCUCCUUCACUAUUGGGUUCGUUAGAGAGAGGCGAAAAAGGUUCAUGGCUUCGCAACACAAGAAGGGCCAAGAGGAGGAGGCUCGCAGACCACGCGCGGAAACCGAGCGGCUAGAGAACUGCCGGAUAACAUCAAAAGAGGAUUUACGGAAGGACGGGCGGGGAGAAAGACGGAGCGCGGAAGCGCGCCAUUCGUAGCAACUGGCAUUUCUCGUGUGUUCCUCCCAAGUUGGAUGUUGUCUGCUGCCUUUAGUCCUUUCAGGCUAUUCAGAGCUUGUUUGCCCCUGAAGAAUGCCUUGGCCUGAUGAUGGUGUCGAGCCCUCCGGCUGUGUAGGUUCUUGUCUAAAUCUCCUUAGGUAGCCGUUGACCUGCAGUAGCGUGUCAGGGGCGUCCAUGUUGCCUGACCACCCCCGCCAAUCUGGGCGUAACAGGGGUAUUUAACCUGGCACGUGAUAGCUUCGACAGUGAAAUCUUAACCACAGGUGCAUGGAGAUAGUUUCUUGGAUGGUGCGUUGCAUCUUGCAAGUGCGCGGCAAUUUGUGGUUUAUCGUUGAAUGAACUGAGU